AUGCAAACUUGUUCCGGAAAAGGAAUCAAAAUGGCGUUUCUGGAUGUGCAAAGUUCAUCAACUCCGCAGUCACUUCCCCUCCUCCUCUUCUCCCACAGGGAGGGAGGUGGGCGAGGAGCUGGCGACCCCGGCGCCCCAGCCGUCGUCCCGGCCCCCGUGUCGGCCCCCCGCCCCGCUUCCUCGCCCGCACGCUCGGAGACUCGCUCUCCCCCUCUCACCCUGAUAAGUAGACACAUCACGUGUUGCUCCUGCGAGUCUCCUGGGGACGUGUUACUGAGCGGCCGCCGCGGCGGCGGCGGCUUGAGCUGGGGGCGGGUGGAGAGGACCGCGGUACCCGCCUGUCCCCCCCGCCGCCCCGGCUUUACAGGGGUGACCGCAGUUGCCAUCCAGGGAUGGAUGAAGGGCUAUCCUUCUCAUUCUAGGGCUGCUGCCCUGAGCGAGCUCUGCAACAAAUUCAACUCUGAUUCGACUUUUGUCACCUUCCCUACCUACACCCCCCAGAUGAUGCUUCAGCGGAGCACAGCCUGCCCGCGAUGGGCCCAGGACGCUCCUAUCGUCGCUGUGCCCCCACCCAGAGACCAAACGGCUGAUGCUGUGUCAUCCACGUCGUCCUCCAAGGCAUCAGGGAAGCCACAGGCAAUAUCUCUUUCUCUCAGAGGGCAUCUGUUUCAACUCUGAAAAGCAAGGACACUCCUCUGAGCGCUCUCCAUCUUUCUGGCUCCUGCCACCACUCAGCCCUGGCUACCUUACCCCGAGUUAUCACGUAGCCCAGAGAAACCAGGCCUAGGCUGUGCUUCCUCCAUAAAGCAGCUGACAUGUUUCCAACUGUUAAUACUUUAGCUACUGAAGUUCUGAAAGGGGCCUGUUUUCAGCCUUUGGAAACAUCUUCAGAAAGAUAAGGAUGAUUGUAGUUGUUGAAAAUAAACACCACCAGCUAUCCCUCCCCACCCCCCAAUCUAAAGAUGAAUGUGCAGAGAAUACUACUGUAGAAUUCUGCAUUUGAGACUGGUGAGGCAAGAUGAUGUUAUGCAGACAGAAAGUUGGCUACUUUCUAUUUACUACGACCUUUGACCCUGGCCCCACCACAUCAGCUCCUCUGAGGAGGCUCCAGCACCAUAGAAAGUUGUAAACCCAAUUGUGGGCCUUUAGUUUGAGGCCUUCCACUGAAUUCUAGUUUUCAGGGCUGCAGACAGAAGGGUCUGUCUCAGAUGGGCCCUGGCCAGCAGAGAACUCUCUAGAACCAAGGAAAAGCAGUUGAACUAUUAGAUCUGAAUUGAGGUAAGUAGGCUAAACCACUGCCUGAGAGGGAACCAAUUCAGCUGGCUGUUUCCUUGACUUCCAGUCAUCAAAACUAAGUUUUCAGAAGCUGUUAUAUUUCCCAGGGUCUACUGUUUACUGAGGAAAACUCUAUCCAGAGAAAUUUUAGCAGUGGCAUUUUUCUGAGCCUCCCCUCCUCCCCUACCACUGUCCCCAAGUGUAUCAUCAAAUGCUUUUUUUUUGAAAACAAGCCUAUCAAGGAGGGAAUGGGCAGGAUUUUAAACAAGUAAUAGUUCAGUCAUGAUAGAAUUGGUGUCUUGUGCUUCCGAGCUGUAACAGGUUCCGAUGAGAGGGCAAGGGAAGGGCCCUGUGGGGAUUGCUACUUGAUUUGUUCACCCUGCCUCUGAAUAAAGAAUUGGCCUUUCCUGGUCUCCCCAUUCAGGGUAAAGUUUUGAUUAGGGAAAAUAUCGAAAUUGGGAUUUUACUUGUAAUUUAGAAUAGUCAAAACAUCUAAACCUCCAACGCUACAUGAAUUUUCAUGACAAAUCACCACCUUUAUAUUGUCAUCUAGAAAAUACUGGCAUCCGGGUAUGGUGGCUCCUGACUGUAAUCACAGCAUUUUGGAAGGCCAAAGUGGGAGGAUCACUUUAGGUCAGGAGUUCAAGACCAGCUUGGACAUAGAGAGACCCUAUCUCUACAAAAAAAAAAUAGCUGGGUAUGGUGACACAUGUCUGUAGUUCCAGCUACUCAGGAAGUGGAGGCAACAGGAUCAUUGAGCCCAGAAGUUCAAGGCUGGAAUGAGCUAUGACAGCACCACUGCACUCCACUCUGGGUGACAGUACAACA